AUGCAGCUUGAAGUAUAUCUGCAAUGUGAAUUAACUCCAGAUCAUAAAGUAAGAUUAAAGCUGCAGCAGAAUACCAUUUCUUCUAUUCUGAGUUCUUGCUCCAGUGAAGAUGGGCGCUAUGAGGUGAGUGUCGUCCUGGGGAGGCAGGUGGGGCCUGUGCCCUGCUACAUCCAGCAUGUGAACAGAAGCGUGGCCCUGGAGGAGAUCUGCCUUCUGCAAGCAGGAACUCCUGAGCGUCAAGGGCGUCUGGACUUUCCUGUAUAG